CGUGGUGUGGUUGGAGGGCCAAGGUCGCGCAGGAGCCAGCCCCUCUCUUCGCUUCAAAUCUCGCGAGAUCGCCCCCAUGCUCCGCGACGGAAUUAUACAGAAAUCUUGUGAGACGACUGCACAAACAGAGUGAUGAUUGUACAGCAAGUAGUAUUAAAUUCCCGACCUGGAAAAAAUGGUAAUCCAGUGGCAGAGAAUUUCCGAUUGGAAGAAGUCAGUAUACCAGAUACUAUUAAUGAAGGACAAGUACAAGUUAGAACUCUUUAUCUUUCUGUGGAUCCUUACAUGCGUUGUAGGAUGAAUGAAGACACUGGUACUGAUUAUAUAGCACCUUGGCAGCUGUCUCAGGUGGUGGAUGGCGGAGGUGUUGGAAUUAUAGAAUUAAGCAAGCAUACAAAUUUGACUAAAGGUGACUUUGUGACUUCUUUCUAUUGGCCCUGGCAAACCAAGGCUAUUCUGGAUGGAAAUAGCCUUGAAAAGGUUGACCCACAACUUGUAGAUGGACAUCUUUCAUAUUUUCUUGGAGCUAUAGGUAUGCCUGGCUUGACUUCCUUAAUUGGAGUACAGGAAAAAGGUCAUGUAACUCCUGGAUCUAAUCAGACAAUGGUUGUCAGUGGAGCAGCAGGUGCCUGUGGAUCCUUGGCUGGGCAGAUUGGCCAUUUGCUGGGCUGUUCCAGAGUGGUGGGAAUUUGUGGAACACAAGAGAAAUGCCUCAUUUUGACCUCAGAACUGGGCUUUGAUGCUGCAAUUAAUUAUAAAAAAGGGAAUGUGGCAGAACAACUCCGAGAAUCAUGCCCAGCUGGAGUGGACGUUUACUUUGAUAAUGUUGGUGGUGACAUCAGCGAUACAGUGAUAAGUCAGAUGAAUCAGAACAGCCACAUCAUCCUGUGCGGUCAAAUUUCUCAGUACAAUAAAGAUGUGCCAUAUCCUCCUCCACUGCCCCCUGUGAUAGAGGCAAUCCAGAAGGAAAGAAACAUCACAAGGGAAAGAUUUAUGGUGUUAAAUUAUAAGGAUAAAUUUGAGCCUGGCAUUCUACAACUGAGUCAGUGGUUUAAAGAAGGAAAGCUAAAGAUCAAGGAGACUGUGAUAAAUGGAUUGGAAAACAUGGGAGUACAGGGAGCUGUGGUGGAGCACAUGACUCACAUGUGUGAAGCACUGGGUUCAAUCCUGAUCACCACAUAAAAAUAAAAUAAAGGUAUUGUAAAAAAAAAAGUACAGAUAGCUCUUGAUUUGAAUGUGAUCAGAAGAAUAUUUUCUUACGUAACUUAACUCUUUUCUAUAUCUUAAUAUCAUGUGUGCACUCUACAUCUAACAUUACCUAAAACAAUACUGAAAUUAAAAUGAUCCAUUUUUCUUUUGUUAAAACAUGUAUGACAUAAUUGUGUCAGACAUUCUGAAGCUACUGGAGAUUUGAUGCAACUGAUAAUGCAUCAAAUUUAUAAAUUUUUAAAAAUUAAUAACGUCUAUUAAUUUAAAAUAGAAUAAAUAUUCUAUUUGAAAUAAGAGGCAUGUAGUAAACAUUUGUUGGACUGGAAAAAAAAAAACUUCACAUGAUUCUUAAACUGAAACUUGGAAUAAGAACAGGAUUGGAAUGGCCUUUCCAUAUUGUAGGUGAAAACAGGACUUAAUGGUAUGAUAUGUAUGUAAGGACUGCAGGGUAGGGUUGGUUGGGUGUGAUUCAGAGCUUGUGGAACAGUUUUUGCAAAAGGAAAACAGAGGUUUGGGGUUGGGAGUGAUAUGAGAAAAUAAAUGGCUGAAGUCCGUCGGUUUGAGAGACCCAGAAGAUUUAAUCCAAAGGAUUAUCUAUUAAUGUUUUGCCAAAUAAUUCACUAUACUGCCUAAAAACCCAAUUUAUUUUAUUCUUUUAAGAGAGAAUUUUAAAGUUUAUUAUUAUUAUUUUCGGCGAACACAGCAUCUUUGUUUGUAUGUGGUGCUGAGGAUCGAACCCACUUGAGCCACAUCCCCAGCCCUAAAAACCCAAUUUAUAUAUUGAUAAAAGCAUAUGUUAAUCUUAGUUUAGUGUGCACAUAUUGUCAAAUAGUUGUCAAGAUUAGAGAGCAAGUAGAUAUAAACUUACUGGGAAUUUCAGAUAACUAAACAAGGAGGUUUGGGGGUGUAACUGAGUAGCACAACUCUGCUUGACCUUGAGGUCAGUCCCCAGCACAAGAACACCUAAAAAAACCAAAAUCAAAACAAAGACGGCUUCAGAAAACAACAGGACUGACUGGGAAAAUUAACCAAUGGUUGUAAUCAUGAAUGUUCAAAACCUAUUGAUGUACCUCUAAGUAAGUUUGUUUUAUUAAUUGUAUCCAACCCUUUGAAACAAUAAAAUUGAAGAUGUU